AAGGGUUUGAAAGCGAAACGACAGCCAAAGGUCUAUAAGAAUCCAUUUUAUACCAAAACACCAAAAAUAGAAGACAAUAGCAAUGAAGUGGACAAUGAUUUCGGGGAAGAGAUGGCCGCUAAUGAAGAUUCAGGGGAAGAGUGGAGGCCAUCGACUUCGGCGGUCGACAAGCGUUUGGAAAGGAAACGGCUUCGGCCGCCGGUCGGCGAAACUCAGGCCAUAUAUCAGUGCGAUCUCGAAGACUGUGACUAUAGUAUCCACUUAUGGCCAAAUCUGGUCGCACACCGAAAAAGUCACGACAAUCUUAAGAAUGAAGCGAAUCGUGUCCUACGAGAAGAACUUAAGCGCCGUUGUUAUGACUCGACCACCGAUACCUAUACCUGUGACCACACGGGCUGUCAACGAGUGUUUAAAGUUUUCCAUAAACUGAGAGACCACGUGAUCACAAGACAUCGCGACUCCGCCAGAAAUAAUCCGACCACUAGUGGUAACGAGUUGUGUCCGCACGAGAACUGCGACCAUCGGUAUCAGACGAGACAGCAAUUGGACCGGCAUUUAGACGCUAACCAUACCGUACAUCCGUUUGCCUGCGAUUUCGAGGGCUGUACUAAGAGUUACCGUUCGAACGUCGGUUUAUGGAGGCAUCGAUUGGAUCACAUGAACGCACCGACCGAUGGAUCCAUUGACGCGAUCACUGAAACAGAACAAUACAAACGGCUCAAAAAGUUGAAACACUUGUCGCGCAAGACAUCGGAAACGUUUCGAUGCGAUCGCGAGGGCUGUGAAUAUCAGACAAAUGUUUACAGAAAUCUUUUGAGACACCGGAAGAAACACAACAACGCGGCCACAGAAGCCAAGCGAGUGCUAAAACGGGAGUUGAAGAGCCGGUGCUAUGACUCGACCACCGAUACCUAUAUCUGUGACCGCACGGGCUGUCAGCGAGUGUUCAAAUUAUUGGAAAGUUUGAGACAACACGUGAUUCGUGUGCAUGUAGUUGACAAAGUGGUCUGCGAUUACGACGGUUGCGGCAAAGUAUUCAAAUGUAAGUUUAAAAUGAGAAGGCAUUGCAAACAGAUGCAAACCGAUCGGCAGUUCCCGUGUCCGCAGUUCCCGUGUCCGCACCCGGACUGCGGCCGUCUAUUCACGAGGGCUUGUGAUUUGAAGAAACAUCAAGUUAUGCACCAAACGGUUCAGCCGUUUGCCUGCGAUUUCAACGGCUGUGGAAAGACAUUUAAGUCCAACACCAGCCUUAAGACUCAUCAAAAACUUCACAGCAAUGAACCCACUUUUAAAUGCACUGUCGAUGGAUGUACUCAACUAUUCUUAACCCAGCAUUUCAUGAAUAGACAUCGCAUUGCUGUCCAUAACUUUAAGCCAAAGAAAAAGCCAACACUUAUGAUAAUGUGUGAGUGGCCGGGAUGUGAGUACACGACCGUAUAUAAGCACCGAAUGGACUUACAUCAGAACAUGCAUACGGGUGAACGACCCUAUGUCUGCGAAUGGCCAGAAUGUGGCAAAGGGUUCAACGAUCCGAGUGGUCUGCGGACACAUAUGAAUAUCCACAACAAUGUGCAGCCAUUCGCCUGUCAUUGGCCCGGAUGUACGUACAGAUCAUCCGAUCACUCGUCGAGAUAUAAACACAUGAAAUCAGUUCACAGAAAACAUCGCAGAGCUGUCCAUAACUUUAAGCCAAUGAAAAAGCCAACACUUAUGAUAAUGUGUGAGUGGCCGGGAUGUGAGUACACGACCGUAUAUAAGCACCGAAUGGACUUACAUCAGAACAUGCAUACGGGUGAACGACCCUAUGUCUGCGAUUGGCCAGAAUGUGGCAAAGGGUUCAAAGAUCCGAGUGGUCUGCGGACACAUAUGAAUAUCCAUAAGAAUGUGCAGCCAUUCGCCUGUCAUUGGCCCGGAUACAAACAACACUUCAGACUAUUGUCGCUACGAUUGGAUCAAUUGAGUGACAAACAAACGGAUCAAACAAUUGGACCACAAAAACCGAAACAAAAGCGAGUUUACAAAAAGAAAUUACGAAAAGUGGUAAAACGAGAAGACAAUGAAUCGAUGGAUAAAGUGGUGACUAAUGAAGACUCGGAUGAGAGGAAGACAUCGACGACAGACACAGACCUCAAGAGUAUUAAAGACAAUAAAAGUCGUAAACCAUUGAAACGAAAGCCUAAACAACUGUCUGUGAACACAAACUAUUUGCCAUUUGAAUGCAAAGUGUGUGGCCGUCGGUGUAUAUCCGUCGGCGGACUCGACUCUCAUAUGCGAAGACACGACAAGAAGAGGUGUGAAUCCGAUCGACAGCAACGCCAAGAGCUUAAGGACAGAUGCUAUGACUCGACCACUAAUACAUAUAUCUGUGACCAAAUCGAUUGCCACAAGACAUUCAAAAUGUACAAAAUUUUAAAAAUGCAUUUGUUUGGUGUCCACAAGAGUCGGGACACUGUCUGCGAAUAUCCCGAUUGCGGCAAAAAGUUCAAACUUUUGUCAGCAAUGCAAAAGCAUUACCGCAUUAUCCACACCGACGACAAGCCAUUCGCGUGUCCGCACGAAGAGUGCGGACAACGGUUUAUAAAUAAUCACGAUUUAAAGUCACAUUUGGUUAUCCAUGAAACUGAUCGCCGAUUUACCUGCGAUUUCAUUGGCUGUCAAAAGGUUUAUAUCAAUCAAAGCACUCUUGAAACUCACAAACGGAUCCAUUUGAAUAAACCGACCAUUAAGUGCACUGUCGAGGGAUGCGCUCAAAGGUUUUAUUCAUACAAUGAGGUGCUCAAACAUCGGGUGAGUGUCCACUCUAUGCCCCGAAAGGUCGCAAAGCCUGUACGGGUGCCGUGUCUUUGGCCGGGCUGUGACUUUACGGGUGUUAGGUAUAGACUAAAGCUACACGAAAGGACACACACGGGUGAGCGGCCGUAUGUCUGCGAUUGGCCAGAAUGUGGCAAACGGUUCCCUCGACCCGAUUAUUUGAAAGAGCAUAUGAAUGUCCACAACAAUGUCAAGCCCUACGCCUGUCAUUGGCCCGGAUGUCAGUACCGGUGCAGUUAUAAGAGUAAUAUAAACAUACAUUAUAGACAAGUACACAAAAAGUGA